ACUUAAAGCAGAUCAGAACAGUAUCAAAAUCAUGUCCACGGUAGAGUUUGGGACCAGAUCCCGUCCACUCUCUCCUUACAGAUAUGUCAACAGAAGUGGUCAAGGGAGUCCUCAAAAUGCGAAUCGGAGCCGGCCAUCAAGUGCCAGAUAUAUUGAGGAUGAUAAUGGCAACCGGGAACGACGGGCAAUGGAGAAGGUUCUCACAGAAGUCGAGAACUCCAGGACCUACCUUUUACGAGGAUUGAUUCUUGCUGAUAAAAGUAAUCAGACGGAAGACAAAGAUCUUCUUCCAUUUGAUGAGAUGGAUCGGAUGGUGCAGACUUUUCACCGGGAACUGGAUGUGAUACGGUGUAUGCUGCAAGUCAAUCAAGACUCAAAGAUCCAGAUGCUGGUCGAUCAGGUAUACGAUACAAUCAAAGAUCGUUUACAGACAUUAGAACAAAAUCACCGUGCUGAGGUGGAUAGAGCGAGACAGGACUGUAAAGCUCAGCUCAAAGGGGCUGUAAGAGAAUUGCUGCAAACACAUAAGAAUUACAAUGCAUACGCUCUGCAUCAAGCCGAUGAGCAGCUGGGAGACGAUAUCCGGCGCGGAGAGGCAAGGGUCGAAAAGGUUGCUAGUAAACUCCGACAGAUGGAGGAUGAAGAGGAGCGCCUGCGAUAUUCCAUCGCGAGAGCUUAUUUGCUGCUCAAAAGGAAGGGCCUUCUCAGCGAAGCGGAAAUCGCGGUGGCAGAUGAGGCACGUAUGAGAACGGUGGAUGUGGUUGACCAAUAUCAAUCCAUGCUCUCAAAGCGGGAUGACGAGAUCUUCUGGUUGCGAGGACAAAUAUCAGAGCUUGAAGAAUUUUUAGACGAAGACGUAUCUCCGGAUUCCAGGCCAAGGACGCAGACUACACAGCAUCAUCGAACCUCCGUCAGUGGGAGCACUGGGACGCUACGACUGGGCAGUUCGAGAACCGCAAUGAUGCGGAGCAUGUCAACAGCAUUGGAUACGCUCAUUGAAGAUACAUCGCAGCCUUCCGAAGACGGGGGCGAUCAAGUGGAAUCUGAUGCAGAAGAUGAGGACGAACUUGCAGUCGUGGAUGAAUUGGAACGUACAUACGAAGAGAAAAUCCGUGUGUUGGAAGAGGAACACAUGAAGGAAGUUGCUGCAGCCACAGCGGAGCACGAUCGUAUCCUACACGGAUGGGAGGUUCGACUAUCCAGCCUUCUACAGCUGCAAGACCAGGAGCACGUUAAAAGAGUGACAAAACGACAAGAAGAACUGCUACAACUUGCAAUGCAAGUAUACAAACCCCGGCCACCUGCCGAUAAAGAAGUGACUGCAUAUACCGCAGGACUGACCUUGCAAAUGUUACUAGACGAAGAGGCACGUUGUAAAGAGAUAGAGGAAGAGGAAAACAGGAGAAGGCAAGAGGAAAGAGAGGAAGAGGAAAGAGCUGAACAGGAAGAAUUACUACAAGGUCAUGGGUCCAUGGAGUUUGCGAUAUAUAUGCGCGGUCGAGCUGUCUCCAACAGAUUUAGCAGUGAGGAGCUUGACCUUGCCUUGGGUAGUGAACUGCCGCCGUACUCCAUGGGAGCCUUCCGAGGUCAUCCCGCACCCCUUCGCCGGGGAACAAGUAACCGCUCAAUAGAAAACGCGGAGCAUCGACACUCCACCAAUAGUUUUGCGAAAUCAAGAAGCCUAAACCUAUCUAAUGACGGAAUAUCGUCAGGAACCGCUAGUAGGGUUUCGGUGUCACAUGCUGACAGCAAGCAGGCAACGGUCAAAGGACACGGCCGUCGAACUAUAUCUGAGAGCAGACGAUCCUCAGCCUGUCAGCGAGCGCCUUCAGCAGGAAAGCUUGCUCUCGGAUCGACUGUAACUCGCAGGAGCAUUUCACGGGCGGAAGUGCCGAAAAGUCAAACAGAUCCAAAGGCACGGGUAUCAAUAUGGCAACAGAGUAGGCUCCUCACGACAGCCGACACUGAAAUACAAGGGAUGAACGUAAGGGGCCAAUCCCCGUCCUCUCCACAUGAUGCAGAUCAUGAGGUAUCUUGUGGAACACCGAUGAUGUUAUUCCCGGAAGCGACCAAUGUAGCCCAGGAAACGAGACCAUUGCAACCGAGUAUUGUGAGCAAUUCUAUGGUUACUACUGCGAAUGACAUUGAGAUGGAGCUGAAUCAUAAUCAAGGGAUAAUGGAUAAGCCUGUGAUCGGGCGGUCAUUGAUGUCCGGAGGCACAUCGACGCAAGUCGCAGGCCCGGUGACACCUUCCAUUUCCUUCAUUCCGUCCAGUCCGUCUCGCGAUCGUCCCACAAGCAACAGCAAAUCAUCCAAGCCAUCAUCUGCAUCACCAUCGCCGAGCCGAUCUGGCACAGAAGAAGAGCUGAUUGACGCGAUCAGCGUACGACCAUGGAGUGCAACAUCUGAGGGAGAUGUUCUUUCCAGACUGAACAGGGCGAGAGUCAGUCACCCUGGUAGUGCGCCAUACUUAUCCAAGCCUAUACGCAGGCUUGCGUCGGGUGGUAGUGUUGCAGCAAGGUCCCCACCCAUCCGAACGCCGCCUAGGAAAUCCCAAUGAGGUAUACGGAGUAGAUAGAUAGAUGAUGUAGACUGCUCAUAGUAUCGUCAGUAUCAGUAAUAGCUUCAAGGGGCAGCUUGUGGGGAAUAGAUGUUUCUUUGCGUGUAUUGGCAGAUGCGAUAGUGCACGCCGAUACCCAGAUUGCUCCCAUCUGAAACGGAUACAGUGUCCUCGAACGCAAGUGCAGGGGCAAGCGAAAUAAUUGUAUUGGAGAAAUGCAAAUACAAGACAUGUA